AUGGCCACCUCCCACUUCCUCGCCGCCGCCGCCGCCACAUCUUCCUCCUCCGCCGCCUUCCGCCCCCCUCUCCGCUUCCUCUCCCUGCCGCCUCCUUCUCUAACCCUCAGCCGGCGGCGGCCGUUCCCGGUGGUCCGCGCGGCCGACGCCGACGCUAAAGAAACAACGAAGCCGAAGGUCCCGGAGAAGGCGCCGGCGGCGGGUUCGAGCUUCAACCAGCUGCUCGGAAUCAAGGGCGCCAAGCAAGAAGACAACAUAUGGAAGAUCCGCCUUCAACUUACUAAGCCGGUGACAUGGCCUCCGCUUGUCUGGGGUGUACUUUGUGGAGCAGCUGCCUCUGGAAAUUUCCACUGGACAGUUGAAGAUGUUGCAAAAUCUAUUGUUUGCAUGUUAAUGUCUGGUCCAUGUCUUACAGGAUACACGCAGACAAUUAAUGACUGGUAUGACCGAGACAUCGACGCUAUUAAUGAGCCUUAUCGUCCUAUUCCUUCAGGAGCUAUAUCAGAAAAUGAGGUAAUUACUCAGAUCUGGGUAUUAUUGUUAGCAGGUCUUGGGUUGGGUGCUUUGUUAGACGUAUGGGCAGGGCAUGAUUUUCCUAUUAUUUUCUACCUUGCUCUGGGUGGAUCCUUGCUUUCUUACAUAUAUUCAGCGCCGCCUCUCAAGCUCAAGCAGAAUGGAUGGAUAGGAAACUUUGCUCUUGGUGCGAGUUACAUUGGCUUGCCCUGGUGGGCUGGCCAGGCAUUAUUUGGAACUCUUACUCCUGAUAUUGUUGUCCUAACUACUUUGUACAGCAUAGCUGGGCUAGGGAUCGCUAUCGUGAAUGAUUUUAAGAGUAUCGAGGGGGAUAGAACUCUGGGACUUCAGUCACUCCCUGUUGCCUUUGGUAUGGAGACUGCAAAAUGGAUAUGUGUUGGAGCAAUCGACAUCACUCAAUUAUCUGUUGCAGCCUACCUCCUGAGCACUGGUAAGCUGUAUUAUGCCCUGGCACUAGUUGGACUGACAAUUCCCCAGGUGAUCUUGCAGUUCCAGUACUUCCUGAAGGACCCCGUGAAGUACGACGUCAAAUACCAGGCGAGUGCGCAACCGUUCUUCGUGUUCGGCCUGCUGGUUACUGCCCUGGCGACCAGCCACUGA